AGGAAGUAGCUGUCUUAAAGGCGGUGUAUGCAUGUUUGUUUUCAUAGACAUGUCCUUGAACACUUUUUAGCCCUGUUUUUGAGACCAGCAGCAUUUUAAAAUUUAAUUUAACGUCUUCAGAGUACGUUAGCUCAUUCUGAGGUCCUGUGUCCUUAGGUGAACUUCAGCAACACCAGCAUCAUGGGGUUUCUACUGUCUAAAACAAUGGAUGCAAACUUGAAAAAGCAGCAAGAAUUCAUGCUCCACAAUGCACGGCUGCAGAUGGAGCGUCAGAUCCUGAUGCAGAACCAGAUGAGGGAGAGACAGAUGGCCAUGCAGAUUGCCUGGUCUAGAGAGUUUCUCAAAUACUUCGGUACCUUCUUCACAGUGGCUACAUUAGGACUCACUGCAGGGGCCAUUAAAAGAAAGAAACCCGCCCUGAUGGGUCCCAUUAUUCCUCUGAGCUUCAUAUUAGUGUAUCAGAUGGACAGCGCCUAUGGGACUCUUAUUUAUCGUAUGAGAGGGGAGGCUGAGAGUAUCAUGACGUCUGAACAGGAUCGCCUGGACCUGCCCCAUGGGACUCCAACUUUCGACAGCAUAGAGAAGGCUCGGCGUGCUCGAAGCAGCCUUGCCUCCUUCUUGGAGAAAUGAGGUUUGGUGAUGUGGUACAAAAACGGAUGCCUUCACCCGUUCUGCUUUUUCUUCUUUAUGUAAAGCAUCAAAUAUCUACUGCCUUUUUGACCUAAAUGAGUCCAUAGUUUGCACUAAUUCUUUAUUAUGGACUUUGAGUCUAUUAUGUCAUAAUGAAUAAAGAGAUAAUGCUGUUUA